GAUAAUGAACUGAAGCUGAGUAAUAGUAACUCUAGAGACCCGUGGAUUCGAUAUUUAUUACUUGUGCCACUAUACUGCAGUCCCUUUCAUUGGUUACACUUGGCCAUUGUUAGGUGUUGUGUUUUAGCGUGUCAAGUUUUUGGCGCCGUUGCCGGGGACUUUCUAGAUUAUUAGGAAAGGCAGAAGUUUGUUACUUUAGCAUUUUUCUUUUCUUUUCCACCCUUGCUUUUCACUUGGGUGUUUUUGUUUUUGUGGGUGCAUAUCUGAAUCAUGGAUCCUCAUGGCUUCUCCAACAAUUGGGGGUAUCCACCACCACCCGAGUGGUAUUACCCUGAGACUCCCUGGAGCAAUCAAGGAGGAGAAGACUAUGGAUUCAGGUUCCAGUACCAACCCCCUUACUACGGAGAACAACCGGACCCCUGGGCAUAUCAAGAACAACCUCAUUACCAAGAAGAAUUUCUCCCACAACCAGAAGGGCCAUCGGCGCUGGAGUUACCCAUGGCGGCCUUCACGGGCCAUUCUGCGGAGCCAUGCUACACUCCACAGCCAGAUCCAAACUAUGAAUUGAGGCUUCUCAUGGAACAGUUUGCUCGAGACAGUGAGAGAACAUGCUCCAGGAUGGAUCAUUGUGUCCAGGCCAAUCGUGAAACAGAGGAGAUCCUCCUGAGCCUUAAGAAGAGCGUCGAUGAUCUUGAGCGAUCUUGUGCACAACCUGCUCCCGAUCACCCUUCUGCUACCAUACUAGAAGAGGAGGAGGAAGAAGAAGGCUACAAGGACAUUGUGGAGCACACUAAAGUUGUCACGGAGAGCUCCCGUGAUGAUCAUGAUCAGGAAUGUUCUGUCAUAGCCGACCACACCUUCCCACAUCCCAAACUGAGCUUUGAAGAGGCGGGCAUGAGUGAGGAGAUGCAAGAAGAUCUCAUGAAAGAAAUUGCUUGGCAGCUUGCUCUCCAAUCCGUGCUAGAAGAAGAAGAGCAAGAAAGGGUGCAGAAAGAAGUUGUGGAGGAUGACGAAAGUGAAGCAGAAGGAGUUCUUGAUCAUUUCCCAGGAGUGAUACCACAUGAAGAAGAAAGGGAGAUUGAAGAAGCAAUUGGUGUCCAGGCUGAGGAUGAAGUUGAGGUGGAAGAGGCUUGCACCGGCCCUAUAAUACAAGUAAUAUACCCACCAAACUUCGAGGAACUACUUAGCAAGGACCCAUUUGCAGUGUCUCUUUGCCAGACCAAGGCCACAUCGACAUCGGUCCCUCUUGGUGGACGCGAUGGUGGUCAAUCGAUGUUGUCAUAUAUGGUUUGGGGCAAUGAGACAAGAGAAGAGAAGAAGAGGUCUCGAGGAUGGAGACUUCAUCUGCAUCAAGUGCACGAGCUUCCAUCACCAGUCAUACCACAUGCUCGUGACUUGCGACUCCACCUCAUUGACGAGAACCUCAACUUCAAGGAGGUUCUAGCAUGGACCAAAACUUAGGAGCCAUCGUCUGGCUCACGACGUGAAAGAAGCGCUUGUUGGGAGGCAACCCAACCAGUCGGUUUGCAUUUCUUUCUCUAUUUCUCCUCGGUUGAGUCAGUUUUGUUAUUUGAUUUUAGAGUCAAUAACUCAACCUUUGUGAGAUUUUGUGUGGUGUUUGCGUUCUGAAUACUCUCUCUUCUUGGAAUGCACCGCCUGACCCGUCCAUCAUCAUUCACCCUUGAUCUGGUAACUUCGUUCUACCCUCCUUAUCUUUCCUCCAUUGAGGACAAUGUCGUGCUUAAGUGUGGGGGGGGGGGUGUUCGAUUGUGUAUGCGGGUGAAUGUUUGGCUGUUUGUGUGCUUGGAGCCUAGUCCACUGUCCAAAUUUUUAAAUUUGAGGGCUCCAAGUACGUGUUUCCUUGCAAAUUGCCUGCUCAGUAUGCUUUGAAUCGACUUCUCUAUAGUAAUGUGCAACCUAGGGAGGUAGUGUAGCACUAUGGAGGAUGUUGAAGUAUAAGAUUUUUCCUAUCUAGCUCUCUGUUGUGCCAGUUGAUUUUGUGAAGUAGUGGAGCUAAGACCGUUGAAUUCAUGUGGUAAUGGUGACUCUGUUUGGAUUGUGUUAUGGACUCGUGUAUCGAACAUGGUGCUCAUAUGGAAAAUGGGAAGCAGUUGGUCCUCCAUGUCGAAAUCAUUGAAAUCUUAAACAUGGGGUAAGCCCAACGUGUGUGGCACCGUUCAUUGCACAAAAUCAGGUUUUGGAAGAGAUUUUAGUGAUCCUUAGUGGGGUACUCCUACAAGGUGAAGCUAAGCUGUCUCUAGUACAAGUAAAAGUUUCACCCGUUGAAUGGUUUGCCUACUUGAGGAUGUGUUUUUAAGGGCACGGAUAGAGCUUCCGACCCCCCUUGAUUUCAUUGACCCUCCACACGAGUUGAGGAAAAGGAGUUAAAAGAAGUACUCUAGCGAGCGCUAGAUGUACAAAAAUUGCUCUUGCUCGACUAAUAAGGGUCAACCGUGCAAAAGACUGCAGUUGGAACCCCCACCAAGUGAAUGAAGAAAAAAAGAGAAAAAGAAGUGUAAAUGAAAGUGCAAAAAGGGGUUCCAACGGUGAAAUGAAGUGAAAGAGCACCCCGGUACAACGAGUCCUUGGUUGUGAAUGGUGUGAGUCCCUUUGUCCAUGAACUGAUUGUCUUACUUCUACUUCUUCUCAUGUUCCUGGCUUGAGUCUAGUACUCGCAUUGAGAGAGAUAGGGGACGUCUUAGAAGACCAGUUGACCUCGUAAGCUGCUAUAUGAUCUAGGAAAUCCUCUACCGACGAUCGGGGUUGUUUGUUGCUAUAGAGGCCUGGAGAGCUGCAUUGGUUUGAGUUAGGUUUGCUUGGGGACAAGCAAACAGUUAAGUGUGGGGGGAUUCGAUGACUCGGUAUUUGCACAUGUUUUCCCCUUUGUUUCUUGAUUGUUUGAGCUUGAAUUAUUGCGUCUUUGUCCUAUUUUAUGCUAGGUUGUGUUCCUUUGUCACAUUUCAGGUCCUAGCACAUAAAGUGAAGCAUAGGCG